CCUACUCUGCUGCUGCUGCUGCUGCUGCUGCUGCUUUGAUCAUCAUCUCCAGAGAGAUUCAAUCAAAUCAUGUCGAGGAUUUUCGCCGUUCUUCCACUCGCUGUCGCUCUCCUCCUCCUUAUUUCACCGGUUGUUCGAGCCAUCGAUGUCCAUUACUGUGAGGAGAACGCAGAGUAUGAAAUACAAGUGAAAGAGGUUGAGAUAUCGCCUAAUCCUAUUGCCCCAGGCGAGCCAGUUACCUUCACCAUCUCUGCCAACACAGGGCGUGAGAUUUCGUUUGUGAAGCUGGUGAUUGAAGUUUCAUACUUUGGAUGGCAUGUUCACUCUGAGACUCAUGACCUCUGCAUUGAGACAACUUGUCCUAUACAGACUGGAGAUUUCUUGGUUUCACACUCUCAAGUUCUUCCUGGUUAUACUCCUCCUGGUUCAUACUCGCUGAAAAUGAAGAUGCUUGAUGCGCAGAAGAAGGAGUUAACAUGCAUUCGAUUCUCGUUCGACAUUGGACUCAGAUCAUUCGUGGCUGACAUUUAGAGCAACAACAACUUCUUCACCUGUAUUGGUGAUUUGUAUAGAUAGUUUAGACUAAUUCUUAUUCUUGCUAAUUUCAGUUAUGUCAGAUUUUUUUUUUUUUUUUUUAGAC